AUGUUAACGGGUUAUGUUAUUGGUCUAGACCUUAGUUGUAGUUUCCUUCGUGGAACUAUUCAUCCCAACAGCAGCCUCUUCCAACUCUAUCAUCUUCAAUCACUAAACCUUGCUCGCAAUGACUUCAAUUGGUCUUCAUUUCCAAAUGAUAUUGGCCGCUUGAGGAACUUAAAAUAUUUGAAUCUCAGGGAAUGUGACUUCUCUGGUUCCAUUCCUGAUUCCAUUGGGAAUCUCACACAGAUGAGGCAGUUGGAUUUUGGUGAUAAUCAUUUCACCGGGCACAUUCCUUCAACAAUCUCUAAAUUGAAGCAACUCAUACUUUUAGAUCUUUGGUCUAACUCCCUUGGAGGUGAAAUUCCGGAUAUAUUCUCAAACUUCCAAGUGCUAGCUGAUUUGGUUCUUUCUAAUAAUAGAUUUACCGGUUCAUUUCCUCCAUCCAUUUUAAGCUUGACAUGUCUUCAAAGAUUAGACUUGUCGAGUAAUUCUCUAUCGGGUCCACUACCUAGCAGUACGAGCAUGCUCCAGAAGCUAUCUGAUCUGAAUUUGUCUAACAACUCGUUGAAUGGCACAGUACCGUCUUGGGUUUUUAGCAUCCCUUUGGUAAAUCCGUUGAAGCUCCAUCAUAAUCAAUUAAGUGGAGUAGCGGAUGAGCUCAAAAUGAACCCAACAUUAAAGGAUUUGGAUUUAAGUCAUAAUCAGCUCAGUGGUCCUGUUCCUCCAUCACUUGCAAAUCUCAUAAACCUAGCCACACUUGACCUUUCAUCAAAUAACAUCACCGAUGAUUUAGGAAUAGAAUUCUUUUCGACCAUGCAAAGACUCGACUAUAUUGAUCUUUCCUACAAUCAUAUUUCAUGGAGGAAAAGUAUUAAAGGUAGCAAACUCACUCUUCCUUACCUAGAAGUUUUGUUGUUUUCAUCUUGUGAACUAAAAGAUUUUCCACACUUCUUGAGAGGUAUAAAGACCAUACGCGUCUUAGAUCUUUCUAAUAAUAAGAUUCAUGGCACAAUCCCUAACUGGUUUAGUAACAUGAAAUGGGACUCAUUGUCUCACCUAAACAUUUCACAUAAUUCACUUACAGGACACCUAGAACAACUACAUUUCUAUAAUCUAAACUCUCUUGAUCUUAAGUUUAACUUUCUUCAAGGUCCACUGCCUUCAUCCAUUUGUAAAAUGAGUAGCCUUAGCUUUCUAGAUUUAUCACACAACUACUUUACUGACUCGGUUCCACAUUGCUUGGGAAACAUGGAUAGUCUAUUUGUGCUGGACUUGAGAAGCAAUAGUUUCAGAGGGAGUCUUCCAACGUUAUGUAGUCGGACCACUUCACAUUUGAGAACCAUUGUCUUGAAUGGUAAUCAAUUUGAAGGACCUGUCCCGAUGUCGUUGCUCAACUGUAAUUCCUUAGAAAUCCUUGAUGUAGGAAAUAACAGUAUAAAUGGUACAUUUCCAACUUGGUUAGGAUCUCUUCAACAACUGCAGGUCCUUAUAUUAAAGUCAAACAAGUUUUACGGACCUAUAAGUGCCUGUCAGACUGAAUUUUGCUUUCCCAUGUUACGGAUCCUUGAUGUUUCUCGUAACGAAUUCAAUGGUUCAUUGCUUCCACAAGUUUUUAGAAACUUCAGAGCAAUGAUCAAAUUAGAUGACACGAACAAAGGUACGAUCAAAUAUAUGGAACCACAUCUUGACGUGAACAUAAGGUAUAUAGAUUCAGUGAAGUUGGUGAUCAAAGGCCAGGAUAUUGAUCUAGAAAGAAUCACCACAAUCAUGACAGUCAUAGAUCUCUCAAGCAACCAUUUUGAUGGCGUGAUUCCCAAAGCGUUAAAAGAUCUUAGCUCACUUUGGCUACUCAAUUUAUCCCAUAAUGAUCUCAGAGGAGAUAUUCCAACGGAACUGGGACAAAUGAAUACGCUUGAAGCUUUAGAUCUAUCAUGGAACUGGCUCACUGGAAAGAUUCCAAGGGAACUGACUAGACUAGAAUUCCUGGCAGUCUUCAACCUGUCUCAGAAUGUUCUCGUUGGACCGAUUCCUCAAGGUUCACAGUUCAACACAUUUUCAAAUGACUCGUAUGGUGGCAACCUUGAUUUAUGUGGUCCUCCUUUAUCAAAGAAAUGUGGGAUGAGUGAUGCAUCACAUGUUCCUCAACCAUUGGAGUCCGAAGAAGAAGAUGAUGAGUCAUAUUUCGCUAGUGGAUUUACGUGGGAAUCAGUGGUCAUAGGUUACAGUUGUGGAUUAGUUGUUGGAACUGUCAUGUUUAAAUCUAGUAAACCAAAAUGGUUUCUUGAAGGGAUCAUUCCGCUCAAAAACAGAAGGCGAAAGAAGAGAGGUUUGAGAUGA